ACAUUUUCUUACUUUUUCCACAUAUGUAUGACCAAUUUUCAUCUGCGCAACAUGCGCAAAAUGUAAGUAGUGACAGCCUUAAAAACUAACAGAUCAGUUCACUCCCACUUAUACUAUCAGUUCCUUCAUUUUACCCCAAAUCUUGGGACAAAUAGAUUCAGAAACAGAUUUUUAAAAGAUUUAAGUUUUUCAUAAAUGCGUUGACGGGAUCUGUACUGAAGUUACAAACCCUGAAACACUUUGACUUUUCCUACAUUCAGAGAAGCUUGAUUCUGUUGGGAGUGAGUUGUGGUGGCUCCACCUUGUGUCCAAACUGAGACCUAAACCCCCACCCUCGUGUUUUGGAGACACCCUCUGAGGAAAACGGACACAGCUUCAGCACCAAGGACAGCGGGAGUCCCGUCUCUCCGGGAGUGGGUGGAGUAAGGAUGGAUGCAUGACCGACUGCCGGGAUUAGGGUUUGCAGGCUGCAGGUUGGACGGGAUUACGGAGUGUAAGGGAGCGGCGGACACGCGCGCGGCAUUCUUUGGUCUCUCUGGAAAAGAAAAGACCCGGAGGUCCAGCGGGUUCGACAUGGCGGACGUCCCCCAGCUCAUCAAAAUCGGGGUCUCCUUGAAGAUGCUCCCCAACAACACAGCCGUCUACUUCAAAUCGGACGGCGCGCGCUUCGGGCAGACGCGGACCAUCAAGCUGCUGACCGGAUCCAAGUACAGGAUCGAGGUGGUCAUCAAGCCGGGGGCAGCCGAGGCCUCGUCCAUGACUGUGGGAGGGGUGAGCUUCCCCCUGGAGCAGCAGUCCAAAGACCCCCAGUCUGCGCUCUACACCGGCUUGUAUGACACAGAGGGGGUGGCACACACCAAGAGUGGGGAGAGGCAACCAGUUCAAAUCAGCAUUCAGUUCACAGAGGCCGGCCUGUUUGAGACCGUCUGGCAGGUGAAAUAUUACAACUACAACAAGCGGGACCACUGCCAGUGGGGCAACAGCUUCAACAGCAUCGAGUACGAGUGCAAGCCCAACGACACGCGCACGCUCAUGUGGAUCAACAAGGAGACUUUCGUCUGACAGCUCCGGGCUAGGGGCCGCUGUGUACAGCCCACCAGCUGCCAGCAAUGACAGAUAAGCAGAAACCCCCUUGUGUGACCCAUUUGUUCAGCAAAGAGAUUCUCUGCAGCCCAGGAGGGGGCGCACUGCAAACUCCAACCCUGGCCCCAGAAAAACCCUGUUCUCCACCUCUGGUUGCUGCAGAUGAUCUAGAUCAGAUGAUUCAACCACUCAGCAGGAAGCAGUGAGGUUUGCUGGAUAACAAGCAAGGAAAUUGCUUUUGAGGAAUAGCUACAUUUGCUUAAUCUCACCUAAAAUUUGUUCAUUUAAAGUGAAUUCUUUUGUUUGAUUUGGCUGAGAUCUAACAGAUUUGUUCUUACAACCGAUUUCCAAACCAGUUGUGGUACCAUGACAACAUGAUCAAAACAGAACGCUGUCUUAAGCUACGCAGCACCACCCUCUGCAACCUCCCUUAAGCAACUAUUUUCAAUGGAAAAUCUUUGUAAACAUACGUAAAUCUUUGUUUUGGGCUUCUUCAUUCCAAGCUUUCGCAUUCACGCAUCGCUACGUAGGUUUCUACAACCGUUUUUGGGCUCUACGUACAGAUUGAGCACGCUUUAAGAGUUAAACCAGGUUGGACUUUGACCAAUUAGAGAGUCAGAUUUGGCAGUGAUGUAUGGAUGGUGUCUCCUUUAAUUCAUGGAAGUGCCAACUGUUUGCAAAUUUAAUAGUGGAAGAGAAUUUGUUAAUUGUUUGUUCAUGUGAACAACUUGACUAUAUUUGUGUUCAAGAACGCCCGGUCAGCGCAUUCUUGAACGCGUGUCACUUGUCGGUUGUGAAUAUAGUAGAACCAUCUUAUUCAAAAUUUUAAUUGUUUCUAUUGAGAAAUGUGCAGACACUAACAAUGUUCCCAUAUAUUAAUACAGCCCUGAUGACCAAACAAGUGAAAAUAGUGAAACCCAUGGAUGAUAAUACACUUAUCCAUGACGCUAACCUACAAUCCAUGCUUGCAUCUUGAACAAAAGUGUGUGGUGGUAAAAUUACAGGCUGCAACAGUUCACAACUGGUUCAGGGCAUGAAGUUAAAGAAUCGAGGAAACAUUUAAAUUUGGAUAGUCACUAAAUGUUUAUUACAUUUUAUAGGAAUUCAUGGCCAAAUUCAACUUAAGGUUUUCUGGGGUUCACACAGUUUUCCAACAAAAAACUGUCGGUUUUUGUUUACUGUCAGUCCCAGUUCAGUUUCACCGGUCAAAAAAUAUCUCAUUGCCUCUGAUAUAUAUGCUUUUUUUUUUUUUUUUACAGUUUUUACAUCCUGAAAACUGAAGUUUGAACAACAUUUGGCACACCUUUAUCAACUCUAAAACUACGAAAAACUUCAUACGGAAACUUUUUCCCAAAUGCAAACUUCUGACAUUUUGUCUUUUUAAAAAGACAUUUGCAAUUUAUAGACUGCUUUUUUGUGUUUAAUUUUCACAACUUUGUCUCAAAAAUGGCUGAGAUUUUUUCUUGUCAUUUACUCUUUUGUUUGUCUUUGUGAUAAAGUCUGCUCUUUCUUGUUUUUCUUAUUCACUAUUACAUAUCAAAAACUUUUGUCAUAGUAACUUGAUAAAAACUUAAACUGAGGCUUCUUUUCUUUUAGUACGGUUUGACUUUUUUUAUAACAAAAAUACUCAUAAAGUCAAAGCUAUUAUUUAUUGACGUUAGCAUAUUCACCAGUUAGCCUUUUAGUUUUAAAGAAAAAAGCUAAAAAGCAUUUUUGAUUACUAACUUUGAUAGGAUUGGGCAGCAAAGUAUACAUUUUAUUUUGAUAUUUAAACAAUAUGGUCAAAUAUUUUUUAAAAACAAAUCUCAGGAGAUCAGUGCUAACUUGCUAACUUGCAAAAACUGAGGACUAAAGGACAGCUAUAGAUUAAGAGACCCCACCCCCAAAGUUUAGAAGUUUGACCCUUUUACCUCGGAGACAUGCAAUCUAUGAAGAUCUGUCACAGAUUCGCUGUCCGAAUCUGUUGGAAGAACUUUAAAUGCGUUCAAGAGUUACGGUAGUUUUAAGAGCAGUUUUUAUUUAGAUGUUACCGGUGAUAUCUCUUGUGUCAAAGGGUUAACGAGUUUAAGUAGUACAUUUUCUAUAAUAUCCCAUCUUUUUACAGUUGACGGGAUUAUAACAUAUAGCAUUAACACGUGUUUAAGCAAAAUACUGACUUAAAAUUUGAUCGACAUUUGUGCAUUCAGCCCCUAGUGGUCUUUUGAAGGACUUACAGGUUUUGGAGCUUGCGCUUGACACUCGUUUGUUGUGUCAGAACAAUUAAUGUAGAAAUGUUAGCAAAAGCAAAGAGAAUAACUUCUUGGAGAAAGAAGCUGAACGUGUUCAGUACUUAAGGCGUCCAUGAAAUGGUCUUCAUGAUCUGCAGGUGUAAUAAUAUGUGUGUUUGUACAACAUAGUAAGUGUGUUAACGUGUUUACAAGAAGUGUGUUUGUUUUUUAAACAGUGCUUUUCUCUUUAGAAGACACAAAUUCCCAUUUUUCAAAAUCCAGAAAGUCCUACCUAUGCCAGGAAAGCUAACAAAGGUCUUUAAAAUUUAUUUUUUUCUAAAAAAAAAAAAACGAAAUGCAAAUAAUUUAAAUAGCAAACUCCCAUUAUCUAUUUUAUUUGUUUGUUGUUGUUUUGUUUUUAUCUCAAAGUUAUCUCUGUGUUUCUCCCACGUUGACCUUCAUGUAUAAUGAUGUUGGAGCACUCUGUCAGGGCAGCCCAAAAAAUAUACCAGCAUAUCUUUAUACAUUUGACUGUUUUCACAAACGGACCGCAUUUUUUUCUCAAACAUUUGCAGAAAAAAAGUCACAUUUUGUAGCAACCUUUAUUCUUUUUUUAAAGAAAAAUAAAAGAUUUUAGAAUGGAACAUUCCAUAGUUGGAAAGUCAGGAGUGUCAAAAUAAAGAGAUUUAACGAAAAAGUCAUGUUUAUUAUUGUUUUGGUGGAUAAGUACUGUUUUCAAAGUGCUUUGGUUAAUAUUUUUAAAAAGUUUAAAUGUACUCAUCAACUAAAACUACAAUAAUAAUUUAAAAACUUACAUUUCUAUUUAAACAUGUUUUUUACUUUACUAUACCAUUGAUCAUUACUACAUUUAAAAAAUGUCCUCAAGUAUUUUUAGUUUCAUAUUCCAAUAAAAUUUUUGGCAAAUGAGUUUGGUCAUUAUUUAAUUUUUUCUGGCACUUCUGUCUUUCCAUAAAUUCUUGCAUAUUGUGGUUGUUUAUUAUUUUGUUGGUGUUGUUUUGUAAACAGUGCAGUGUGGAUUUGUGUGGAGUUGUGCUUCUACCAUCAGUGUUUGUCCUCCACCUCUUCAAACCUUUAAAGGUGUCUGUGUUUGUGUUUACCAAGCAAAGAAAGUACAAAAUGACCCAUAGAGACCAUUUCUCUAUCACUUCUUUCUUUUGUUAAAUUGUGAUGUUAAAAUUUGUCAGUUUGUACAUCAUUUAUGCUUAAAAAUGUUGGUAAAUUGUGAAUAGUUUGUAAACUUUACUAAUCUAUGCAAGAGAGUAACAGAUGAAUUUUAUAUUUAUUGUUGUUCUACCUCUUUAUAGAAGUCAUGUUUGUAUGUUUGUUUAUCCAAGUGAUCCAAAAACUGUAAACUGUUUAUUGCAGUUUUGUUUGUUUUUCAAAUCUUGAUGUUCAAAAAUCUUUUUUAUUAAUAAAAGAACAUCUUUGUAAA